GAAAGUCUAGGCAGUAUGUGUCUCUCAUCCAAGUAUCCCAUGGGGCAAGUUCCUUUGAUCUCUAAUUGAAUCGGCAAUAUCUUCCUCAACUCAUUCAGAUCCGGCCUUACAUAAGAAAAUUUCGCUACAACAGCAAAUUGCAAGUUUUGUCUGAUAGCAAGUUUCUCAAACUCUUUCUUUGUGUAAGUGAUGGUUGGUUCUCCAUGAAGAAAACUAAUAAUUUUCCCCUCAAUUGGAUCUGGCAUCUCUUGUGUAACACAUUUAUGUGAUACACGUUUUUUUUUUGUCCAUAAAAAAAUGAUAUAUUUCUUUAUUUGGCAACAAUUCAACUUUAAACUUUACCUUUUACGCUUAUCGAGAUGAUCAUAACCACACAAAUAUCUUUUGCUUGUUUUGGACAACUUAAUUCAAAAGUUUCAUUUAUUUCUUAAACUCUUGCCGAGUUAAACUAUAUCACAAAAAAGGGGGAAAAGGGGUAUUUUGCUGCUAUUUCUUCAUUUCUGUUUUGCUGCAAUUGUAAAUUGCAUCACCGUCGACAGUCACCGUAUUCAGACUUUAAAAAGGCAUCAUCUUUUUUGUUUUUGUUUUUGUUUCUUUCCUUUUUAUGGGUUGUUCCUAUGAUUGGAUACCUGUAACUCUAUGCGACUGAAUUUUGAUUUGCGAAUUGUCAUGUUCAAACUUACAAUGAAUUAGGUAAAAUUUGCUUCAUAGGUAAUAAAUAUUUUAUUUUCCUUUUGCUUUGCUACUUUUAGUGAUAAUGUUUUCAAGAGUAAAACUAUUAAAAAGUUAAAGGAAAAUCUCCAAAUUAGAGUUCUCUGAGAGGUUAGUUAUUCGUCUUUGAAAGAAAAAAAGAGAAUAUUUGACUAAAAUAAAAAGAAAGAAAUUGGAAAAAAUUACUUUUCAGAAAAUACUGUUUGCUUCUUAAUUCCCUCGUCAAUAACUUGAUCCAGUUCUCUUUGUUUUUUUCUUCCAAAAUUUUAGCAAGCAAAACUCUUAAAGUUUAUUUUGGAUUUGUUUUUCACCCAUUUAGCUGCAAAAUGUUGAUCCUAUCUAUCUAUUUUGCAGUUUAGGGGUCCCUAUUGUUGAUCUUUUGAUAUAAUUCUAUUUCAGAAGGUGAAUUUCAGGGAUCUUAGAUUUCGUUUUAGAGGAUAAAAAAGCGAAAAGAAUCAGUAACUCCAGCAACGUAUAGUGUAAUUGCAAUAUGACAAAUUGGCUUGUGCUCAGUGCUGUCAUUACCGUAACAGCGGUAAUUGCUCAAGCAGUAAGAUUAGUGUUAAUGGUAAUCAACGGGUGGAGAAACAGAAAGAAGGCUGUUGGGGUCUUCCACCCAUACACCAACGACGGAGGUGGUGGAGAACGAGUCUUGUGGUGCGCCGUGAAAGCAAUCCAAGAUGAAAACCCAAAUCUAGAUUGUGUCAUAUAUACAGGAGAUCAUGAUGCUUCUCCUGACAGCCUUACUGGUCGUGCCCUUGAUCGAUUUGGAGUCAAAUUAAUACACCCUCCUAAGUUAUGUCAGGUGGUCCAUCUGCAUAGGAGAAAGUGGGUCGAAGAAACCACUUACCCUCGUUUCACAAUGAUUGGUCAAAGCUUUGGAUCGAUUUACCUUGCUUGGGAAGCUUUGUGCAAAUAUACACCUUUGUAUUACUUUGAUACCAGUGGAUAUGCUUUUACUUAUCCAGUUGCCCGUGUAUUUGGAUGCAAAGUUUUUUGCUAUACUCAUUAUCCAACUAUCAGUUUAGACAUGCUGUCUCGUGUUCAUGGGCGCAGCUCAAUGUACAACAAUGAUUCUUUGAUUGCCAAGAGUGCGCUACUAUCCCGGUUCAAGGUCAUUUAUUAUACAUUGUUUAGCUGGCUGUACAGCAUCGUUGGUUCUUGUGCACACCUUGCAAUGGUUAAUUCUUCAUGGACUCAAUCUCAUAUCGAGAAGUUGUGGGGAAUAGGAGCUCGAAUUAGGCGUGUGUAUCCUCCUUGUGAUACUUCUAGGCUCCAGGCGCUUCCACUGGAAAAGUCAAUGAAGCCUCCGAAGAUAGUAUCUGUGGCUCAGUUCCGUCCAGAGAAGGCACACCCACUCCAACUUGAGGCGUUUGCAACUGCCUUCAAAAAGUUAGACCAAGAUCUGCCAAGGCCGAAAAUCCAACUAGUGGGUAGUUGUAGGAAUGAAGCAGAUGAGAAAAGGUUGCAAAAUUUGAAGGACCUAGCAAUUAAACUGAAUGUGGAUGAUCAUGUUGAGUUCCAUAAGAAUGUCUUGUACAGUGAUUUGGUCAGACUUCUGGGUGGUGCUGUAGCUGGAAUCCAUUCCAUGACAGAUGAGCACUUCGGCAUAAGUGUGGUGGAAUACAUGGCUGCUGGCGCUAUACCAAUUGCACAUAAUUCAGCUGGGCCAAGGAUGGACAUUGUGUUACCAGAAGAUGGAAAGAAAACUGGAUUUCUUGCCCAGAGUGUAGAGGAAUAUGCUGAAGCCAUCAUUGAAGUCAUUAAGAUGACAGAGAAUGAGAGGCUGGAGAUGGCUGCUGCUGCUAGGAAACGAGCCUCCAUGUUUUCAGAGCAAAUGUUUUAUGAAGAUUUUAAGGCUGCUGUACGACCACUCUUUUAUGAUGGUACCAAAUGAUUACAAAAUCUUUAUUUCCAUAAAUACAAGAGAUCAAUUUUGUUUCACCAUAGUUAGACUUUGUCUUAUCUCUCUCUCUCUCUCUCUUUUUUUUUUUUGGUUAGUUUUCCUUGUAUUUUAAUUUUAUAAAUUUUAGUUUUGAUUGUAUUCGUGCUCUGCGGCUUCGACCUUAAAGUUACUGAUUGAAAGAAAGAGAGUUUGCCUCCA